GCUACCUACUAUGGUUAAAAAUCAAUGCAAAUCAAUAUGGAUAAGCAGAAUCUAUACAAAUAACAGGACACACACAAAACAUUUUUCUAUAGCCCAGGGGUUCCCAACCUUGGCAACUUUAAGAUUGGCUGAGGAAUUCUGGGAGUUGAAGUCCACAAGUCUUAAAGUUGCCAAGGUUGAGAACCCCUGCUAUAGCCAAACAUAAAUAUUGCUGUUGCCUAUUUAUUAAUAGUUUCUUCUUAGUGGAAUAAAUACAAAUCGCUAAUUUAUUUUCUCGCUAAUUUAUUUUCUCACUUCUCUUAAAUGUCAGAAAGCCUAUAUCUUGAUCAAACACAUCCUGGGUGAACUAAACUCAAAUAAUUUUCUGUAGAGGCAGUUAAAGCAUUAUUUUCCUAUUAUGCUUGUCCUUUCUAGAAUCUACACUGCCUUAAAAUGCUGCCCUUUUUAGACUAAUUCUCUGAAAAGCAAAUACGUUGGAAUCAUAUUGAAAAGUGAAAUUUAUGUAAAAAUGCCUAAGUCUGACUCUGAUGAUCAUAUGAUAAUAGGCUUACAACAGGCAUGUCAAACUCGUGAUGUCAUGUGACAUUGCACGAUCUAUCGGGACUUUUUUCCCAUUGCUGGCAAUCGGGUGGGUGUGGUUUCGGCGUGACACAUCCAGUCCGUGGGCCAGCAGUUUGACAUGCCUGGCUUAUAAUGUUAUGUUGUAAGAAAGCAACCCUAUGAGCUUUUUAUGGCAGAAAGUUUCACUGGGUUUACUUCAAAAUAAGAUUGUGGUAGAAGUGUUUGUGUACUGUACAUCUUCCUUCAUACACAACUAAGGUCACAGUAAAAGUAUUAUGAAAUCAAAAGUUAAAUUACAAAGAAAAAAUAUUGUUCUUGCAAGUUUUAAAUUUGCAAGUUUGAAACUUGCAAACUAUUCUUAGAAGCAGCUGUAAGUUUAGAAAAUGUCUUGUUCUGGUAACGGAUAGACAUUUCCAAGUUUAUGAUCUACCUAUAUGAUAAAGUUCAGAGCUGCCCUUAUUUACAGACAGGUUGGCAAAAUCCCAGGAUUUAAAAUAAUCAGAUAGAAAAGCCUAUGUACAAUGUAGUUGAUAAGAUUGAUCUUCCUAUUUUUGUUCUUCUAAGGAAAAAUAUAAAUUUUCAUUAGUCACAGCAAAGUUAUUAAAAUUGUUAGAACAAUAUUUCCAUUCCUUGGAAAUGAACUACAAACCAGCAUAUUUAGGCAACAUUCUUCCCUACUUGUACUUGUUAUGAUUUUUUUCAGUGUAGGUUACAAAUGUCUAGAUCAGCCAUGUCAAACUGCAGGCCCACGGGCCAGAUGCGUCAAGCUGAAACCGCUCUCAUCCCAUUACUGGCAAUAGGGAAAGUCGCGAUACAUCAUGCAAUGUCAUGUGACAUCACGAGUUUGACAUGCCUGGUCUAGAUAAAUAGUACUGACAAGAUCUGCAUUAAAACAUUUGAUUUAGAACCAAGAGCAUGCUUAGUAAAAAGAAAGUGCUCUCUUUGUACUUUACUUAUUUUGUUAAAUUGCUCUAAAAUAGCUUUCCCCAGCUCAGUGCUUUUUUCUAAAUAUGUUGGACUACAAACGGAGAAUACUAUGAUGUCGAUUACCAAGAAGCAUUGCACAAAAAAAGCGAAAUUAUAUUAAGAGAUAUAUAAAACAGAAGACAUCAGCUUCUCUGUAAUUUUUUCCUUAAAUGUAAGUUUGCAAAUUUACCUAUUUUGGCAUCAGGCAACUAUUAUACCAGAAUCACACAAGUAGUUAUUUCAUGUCUUUUCAAUUGAUUGUAAUAAAAUUUUAAUAAUUGUUUAAAUGCAAGUUUAAUUGUUCUUUAUCUAAGGAGCUUAGUACAGUAUGUACUGUUCUUCCCCCAACUGAUCUUUAUAAUUACUCUAUGAAGUGUAUUGGGAUGAGAGUACAAGUCCAGAUUAUUCAGAGAGCUUAAUGUCAAAGAAGUAUUUGAGAGAGAAAGAAAGAGAACAAAAACCUAAAGCUGUCCACUUCAUUACAAAACACUAUCUGCAACUGUUUUCACAACUGUUUAUUUCCUCAUUAAUUUUAAUAAUGAUACAAUAAUGGAAUAUAUGGAAUUCAACAUCAUAUAAUUGUUUUCCCUUCUACCACCACUUUAUAUAUUGAAUAAAUGAAUAAAAUGAUGUGCUGUACUACAUUCUCUACAUCACAGCAUUUCAGUUGUCAUGGAUUGGUUCAGCUAUAUAAUAAUAAUCUGAAAGUACAAACAGAUAGCAAAAUGAGUAAAACUCAGUUUGCACAUAGACCAUUUAAGAAAAGUCCAUAAUUCUCUUCAAAUCUCAGCAAUAAUUUCAAAUAUGUUUUUCUUUGUUAACAAUAUAUUCCUUUUAUUUAAAAAAACUUUUAUAUUUGCUUAAGCUUUGAUAGUGUACAUCCAAAUAGCAAAAGAAUAAAAAUACAAAGCUAAGUAAAAAAUAGCAAUUAUUAAUAAAACAUUACUAAAACACAAACAAACUUGUGGUAAUACAUUCUCCCCUUCCUCAAUGUUUUCCUUGUGUUCAUUAUAAGUAUUUGAUGUUCAGGGACUUCAUUUUUAGGAAAGCAAUAGCAUUAAGCAACAGGUAUUUUUACUUUAAGCUAGAAAUUACAGUAAGGAGAGAGCUAGACAAAACACUUCCUGGUAUUGGCUCAUUAGAAUAAAAGGGCCUGCCUUGAAAGUAAGGUAGUACAGUAUCUCUAACAGGCAGAACCAGAUUCUCUAGGAGUAAAGUAACUAAUUUGCUUUUCUACUACAGUGCAAUAUAACCAACUAAGACUCUUACAAUCCAUGGUUUUUCAAGGCACACUUCCUAAGUAAUUAAGUUCUAGAAAGAUUAAGCAAGCAGAAACUUUUAAAACGGGAAUCACAUUCCAGAUCUAUUAUGUAUGCACACAUGGAUAAUGCAAGGGUCAUAUCCUUAAGUACAAAACGAUACUGAACAACAGGAUUUUUUAAAGGGAAGAAGGUAUACACUGCUGACUUGGGUUUAAUACUUCUGAACCUUAAUAUAUUCAUCAGAAGAUGAAAGACCGCCUUCAAGAGCUUAAACUGAGAGCAAAGGAACUACAAUUAUUUGAAGAAAACAACCGUGUUGUUAAUGCUAUUAGAGAGGACCAUGGAGAAUUUGAACAAGCAGCUGUUAUUUUUGAAAAGGAGCCCAUAACUGAAAGGUACUUGCAUGAAAUACAACAACUUCAUAAUGAUAUUAAUCGUUUGGCAAUGGAUGUUGAAAAGUUUAGUCGGCAGCAGAAAAGUUUGAUGGCUUCCAUGAGAAGAUUCAGUGUGCUUAAAAAAGAAUGCAGCAAUACAAAAGCAAUUAAAGUUCAAGCAGAGCACAUUAAUAAGGGCUUGGAUGAUCUUUCCAAAAUAGUGAAGAGGGAAGAAAAACAACAUAGCUCAUCAUCUGCCAUUAGAAGAGUCCUCAGUUCUCAGUGUGCAGCCCUAUUCCAUCGUUUCCAAAAUAUAAUGAUUAUGUACAAUAAUGCCAUAACAAACAAACAAGAAAAAUGUAAGGAUUUCAUUAUGCGUCAGCUGGAAGUGGCAGGAAAAGAAGUAUCAGAGGAAGAACUAAAUAAUAUGGUUGAACAAGGGAAAUGGGAAAUCUUCAAUGAAAAUCUGCUCACAGAGGUCAAGAUUACUAAAGCCCAAUUAUCUGAAAUUGAACAAAGACAUCGAGAACUGGUCAAUCUGGAAAAUCAAGUGAAAGACUUAAGAGGCCUUUUUUUUCAAAUAUCACUUUUGGUAGCCGAACAAGGUGAAAUGAUCAACAGCAUUGAAAUGGAAAUCAUUAAUACUCAGGAUUAUGUCCAAAUAUCAACAGAAAAGUUCAGGCUGGCAGCUAAGUAUCGAAAAAAGAAUCCAUGUAAAGCACUGUGCUGUUGGUGCUGUUCCUGUUGCAAAUGAUUUGUCCUCUGGGCAAUUAAAACUGAAGUUCUGAUCUACAAAAUACUGAAUAGGACCAAACAUGUUAUAGGGAAGAUAGGCUUGCUGUACUACUAAGAAUAUGUACAUUUUUCACAUCAUAUUUGCUUUCCUUAAUCACAUUUCCUCUCCAAUGCAGAAUUUGCUGAGAGAAGAAUUCACUACACAUUGAAAAUAAGAAAAGGGAUCAAAUGCAAGGAUUUUGCCAAUAUACCACUGAUAUAUAUACUAUAUAACGUUAUUCUUUGGUAGCUGAGUAAUUCCUUGCUACAACUGUGAAAAGGGAAAUUGUCUUGUCCUUUCUACAUGCUGCUUUAAAAACAUAAAUGUGGCACAAAGGAAUAUUAUUAUCAAUUCAUUAUCAUGUCACAGGUACCAGUGAAGAAGCUGUUUGAGACAAAGACACUACUCUACUGUCAUAUUUAAUUUUAAACAAGUUCUGUGGAAUUAAAUGCAUCAUCCUAGCAAUUUUGUUUAAGUAGUUUGGAUAAAGAAAAACUGCAAACCUACUGUUAAUAUAAGACAGGAUAUACAGGAAGUCUUCAGCUUAUAUCCAUUUGUUCAGCAACUGAUCAAAUUUAUGACCUACCAAAUGAUCCUCAAAGUUCCAGCCCUCUCAGUACCCCUGUGGUGAUGUGAUUACAAUCCAAGCAAGCACUCGGAUGUCUGGCUCAUGAUAUGUCAUGUGAUCAUAUUUGUGACCUUCCUUGCUAGCUUCCCACAAGCAAUGUCAAUGUGAAAGCUGGCAGAGAAGAUUGCAAGCCACUCCAGUAAGAUCCCCCAGCUUACCUACAUCCAUGCAGCAUGCUCUAAGAUUUUCCUGCAGUCAUAAAGGGCUAUGUCAUGUGAGUGCAUCACUUAGCGAUGGCAAUCUCAGUUGCAGACAUAACCCCAAGACAUGCAGGAAGUGGUGGGAGUCCCAAGGCAAGAAGCACAAGGGGGGAGAUCAGGGGAGAGCUUACAAGGUCGAAUGCAGGACUGCUGCGAGAGGAUGGGGGAGGAUGGGAUGUCUUGAGAGGUCCAACACAAACCGAGCAUGAAUUGAGGGAGACCCAGAGAGCUUGGGGGUCCAGUGAGUUGGGAGAGGCUGGGCAGGGAUUAGGAAGCCCAGUGUAAGUUGCAAAUGAGUUGGAGGAUGAGGGGGUAAUGGCACAGGCUCCACAUGUGCAGGAUGACUUACUCAAGUGACUUGCAAUCUUUCCUACUGCUUCCCCAUUAAUUUUGCUUGUGAAAACCUGCCAUAGCAACCUUAUGGCUACAGAUCCCUGUGACAUCAUAAUUGUGAGCCUGGUUCCUUAGCACCAUCCUGCCCUAACAGGAACUACAGCACUUGGGCCUGAUCCCCAUGCCUCCUGGAAGCAGUCACUAUUUUAAGGGCCCCAACAAUUCCUUAGUGGCUACUUUCAGAGCUUUGUGCGCCAAUCAGCUGCCCCCCCCCCCAAAUCAGCCAGCCAGAAGAAGGCUGCAGAGCUCUCCUGCCUCUUCCUGGCUUUGGAAGCCGGACUUUGCAUGAAAGGCAGCUUCAGGACGAAGUUCUCAAAACCUUUCCCUUGCUUAACCCCCCCCCUCUCCCCUUGAAAGCCACAUUUCAAUAUAAAAACAGAAAAAGCUGGAAAGGAUAGAUUUCCUGAUCUUCCCUCCCCGCUAAAUUCUCUUUCUACUCUCCAAUCUCUACCUCUUUUAAAAAUCUUACCUUGACUCCAGCUGAAAAAUAGAGGAACAAAGUGACCAAGGAAAGAAAAUAUUUCUGCAGCUUUCUCCAUUGAGCUGGAAAAAAAAGUCAUUUCUAAAAGUUGGAGAACGCUGGGUCCUUGCAAGCUUUACUGUCAUUCUGAGCUGUAGAGCUCAGGCAGGACUUAAAAGCUAGAUUAUAGACUGCCCUUUAUAGGCAGUCAUGUGGACAGCUAAAGCUUGCAAAGACCCGGCAUCUUCCAUUUUGUUGCACAACUUUUUUUUUUUUAAGUUUCAUGGCUGGUCAUUACUUGAGGCAGUUCAUUUAACAUUGUCAGACAGGUUCUGUUACAGUCAUAACUCAAAGUCUACCUGUAUUCAAGAAGUUUUCUUUUGCAAGAAAGUUAGUUAUUUAGUUUGUAUAAAAUAUUGUUUUUCUUGAAUGAAUUAUUGCUUAUUACAUAAACUGCCAAUGUAUCACUGGUAUAAAAACCUCUAAUAUAUGUAUGAGAAAGAGUAAAAUAAAUUACACCCACAUGCCAGAGAACAGGAAGAAAUUGUUUUAUGUUGUGAUUACAAGGAGUGUAGAAAAACACCUGAAACAUAUAACUAAAAUCAAAAUUAAAACUGAAGCCUGAAUAUUGGUUAAAUUAAAUCUGGAAAACCACUAAAUAUUGAAAUAGUAAAAAGUGAACAGGCUUUCUAUUUUUCUCUGUAAUUAUCAUUGAUAAUUAUUUCAUAAAUUUGAAAAUUUAUACUGCAGCAGUUUUAUUAAUCCAUCUUUUCUUUGGUUUUAAAAAGGCUUCUUUUAAAAUUAAUCUGUCUUAAGUUCACUACAUACAAGGCAAAGGAGGCUUAAUUACUCAAGCAUCCCUUCCUCCUAAAAAACCCAAAAGGAAAUUUAAUCAGGUUUACAUACCGAUUAAACACAAUGGUGUUAACAGGCUUAGAUAAAAUUUUGAAAUAGCUAUAGGGAUGUAACUAUGCUCCAAAAACAAAAAUAGAAUUCUUCAAUGGAUUACUGUAACAAAACAAACAAACAAAAAUACCGUAAUAUCAAUUUUGGGGAAAUAUAUAACCCAGUUUUAGGUUCAAGCCUGUGCCUUUCCUCAUGUAAAUCAGGCUUGUAAAUAGGUAGAAAACAGAAACAGAAGAAAACUAGGAAAUGUUAUUAACAGCAUUGAAGACAAUUAUUACUGUAAAUGAGAUCUUUUUUAUUGCUGUACAAGAUAAUUAAAAAUGUUAAUAAUAGCCAAAUAUUCAACUAUUACAAACAUUAAGUUCCUAUUUGCAGAGUUUAUUUAUGUUUCAUAAGGUUUACAAAGAAAAAUGUUUUUUUAAAAAGGUGACAAAGCUACAGUCUACAUUCAAAUCAGUUUCAGUUUACAUUUUGACCUCAGAAUAAACAAACAAAUAAAAAUUGUGAUUAAAGUAUACGUUUUUACGGCUACUAAUAUGGAAACAGAAAGCAAGCAAGCAAGGAACUAAUUUCCAUUUAAAGAAUAAAUUUUGGACAGUCUUACUAACAUAUCACUAACAUAUUCUCACUUGUAUAAAAAUGAAAAUUCCUGUUUGCCUACAAUAGUGUACAAUAUAUAAUCUUUGUCAUUAAAAUUCAAAAACAAUAAUUCAGGCUAUUUUUUAAGAUUAAAUAAGAGAUUCCAAAUUAUGUGACUAAAGGAAUUCGGACUUUAUACAAACCAUCAAUAAAGUCUGAAAACAGAGGACAUUUAGAAGGCAGGAGAAUAAGUAUGAAUUUCACACAUUUAAAAUAAUUCAUUCAUAACACAUUUUGGCAUUUAAACUUGGGACUUAUCACAAAGAGCCUUAAAAAAAAUAAAGCAUGAAAUAAUCCCCAGCAGCUGGUGCUGUUUUUUGACUCUUAACAUUUUUUUCUAAAUCUUCAAUUUAUAAAAAAGAGUUAUUACCUGCACAUAAAAGUCAGUAUCAACCAGAUAGGUUUGCCAGACCAGCCUAGUCAAUAAAGUUCAUAUUAAUAUUUUUACAAACAAUAUCGUCCUCAGAUUAAUGCAGCCUAAUUUAAAAUCAUUUGAAGAAACAGUUUUGGCAACAGUGUAGGGGAAAAGAUUAUGUGCUAUUCAGGAAGAUUUCUAUGUUUAAAGCAAAAGGGUUUUAUCUAAUUGUGCCUGAAAAAAAUAAAUAUUUGAUUUACGUGAUAUAUAUUGGAAAAAAUAAGGAUAAAAAAAGAUGCUGCAUCAUACAUCUGGGGACACUUUACUAAAAAACAGAUUGUUCCAUAUAAACUGUCUUUGUCUUUCCCAAAUGACACAGAAAGCAGUGUGCUGAUAGGUGAUAGAAAUAAUUGGCCUAUGAAAAAUACUAAAAAGUUCUUGUGAUAUUAUGUGUAAUUAUUGAUAGUUAUUUGCUAUAUUUUCUUCCCUAAUACACAAUACAAUUAGUUCGGUAUAGUGCUUGAAGGCCCAAAAUUGAGAGAACAGAGUUUUAGUCUUGCCUUGGAAAUAGGCCAGUUGGAUGACUUUAGCCCAAUAUUUCUUUCAGCCCUAGGAAGAAGGCAACGACAAAUUACUUGCCAAAAUGUUGCCAAAUCACCAAUUGUUAAGUCUCAUGCAAAAUCCAACCCCCUCAAAAAAAAAAAAAAAAACCUUCACCAAGAUAAAGAAAUAAAUGCAACAAUGAACAAUGUGCAGUUGUAUAUAACUGACAGUCAAAAGCACAAGAGGCCAUUUUUAACCAACUGCAAAAAAAAAA